AGCAGGAGCCGGAUAUCCGCCACGACCGGAUAAAUCCCAUAUUUCCAGGAGCAAUGGCAGCUUACAUUAUGUGCAAACGGCUAGCUUGACGCUGGCUGUGUUUUGUAAAUGAUCGAUUUUUAGACAUUUUCAACCCAUGAUCGAGACGGAUGAGUGGCGGAUUGGAAUGUACAUAUUUUUGAAAAUGUCAAAAACCAAGUGCUAGCGACCGUUCCGUCAAACGACCACCAAACUGAAACCACUUAGCACAGCGUUAGCAUCCUCCACACCGCUUGCUUAUUUUCUCGCUAUUCGCAACUACCCCGACUCUCACCCGGUAUCAGCCGCUCUCCAUGCCCGAGGAUGAACAGCUUCUCUCUCGGCGAGUUGUGCUGGCUCUUCUGCUGCCCGCCGUGUCCGAGUCGCAUCGCGGCUAAGCUGGCAUUCCUACCGCCUGAGCCCACCUACUCCGUCCACACGGACGCGAACGGCGCGACGAGCCUGCAUCUCACCGAGCGCGCCGACUGGCAGUACUCCCAACGCGAACUGGACGCCGUCGAGGUGCUGGUGACCCGAACCAGCCGCGGAAACCGGAUCGGCUGCAUGUUCGUCCGCUGCGCGCCCGCUAGCCGCUACACGCUGCUGUUCUCCCACGGGAACGCCGUGGAUCUGGGCCAGAUGUGCAGCUUCUACAUCGGCCUGGGCUCCAGGAUCAACUGCAACGUGUUCUCCUAUGAUUACUCGGGUUACGGGGUCAGUACCGGGAAACCGUCCGAGAAGAACCUAUACGCUGAUAUCGAAGCGGCCUGGCAGGUGCUGAGGAACAAGUAUGGAGUGGCUCCGGAAAACAUCAUCUUGUACGGUCAGAGCAUAGGGACUGUGCCGACGGUGGACCUGGCGUCCCGGUACGAGUGCGCGGCAGUGAUCCUCCACUCUCCCCUCAUGUCCGGCUUGCGUGUGGCCUUUCCCGACACCCGCAAAACCUACUGCUUCGAUGCCUUCCCGAGCAUCGACAAGGUGUCAAAGGUGGCAUCUCCAGUGCUGGUCAUCCAUGGCACAGAAGAUGAAGUGAUCGAUUUCUCCCACGGUCUGGCCAUCUUUGAGCGAUGUCCGCGUGCCGUGGAGCCUCUGUGGGUGGAGGGUGCUGGGCACAAUGACAUUGAGCUUUACGCUCAGUACCUCGAGAGACUCAAACGGUUCAUCACGUUCGAGCUGGCUACCUCCUGAAGCCGUGGAGCUUAGUGGCUGGCCGAGGCCACACACACUCACCCGUGUCGUGUAGGGUUCCCCUUUACCCAGGGCUGAGGACGCCAUCAGUACUUGCACUUGCUGACGAAAAAAAGCUGAAGUCUCUCUCUUGAUAUUUAGGAGAGGGGCGUUUUCAUCCCUACUGGGGAAAUGCGUUUUAAUGAUUAUGAACCACUUUCUAUUCUUUUGUACUUGAUGAAGAAGCGUUAACAUUUUGCACCGCAUUCAAUACGUUGCAUUUGACGAUUUUUUUCUCGUUUUUCUGCUAAUGUUUCUUUUAAGUGCUCCUUGAGGGUUAAUUAAACUGCACUUUUAUUGUGCAGGUGUUUUCAGGUUAUUGUAUUUUUGUUUUGGCAGGAAUUGUCAUAGCAUUCCGUUUUAUUAUGUUUCAAUGUUUAUGUUUAUUAGUACAAGAUCAACCAGUGACUGACUUUAUACAUGGCCAGUUUGUGUGUGUGUGUGUGUUUGUGUUUAGGCGCAUUCAUACGCACAUGUGAUUGUGUGGUAAAGGCCGCUGACUUAUCGGUCAAAAUAAUUGUAAUUAAAACUGGAAGACCUGUGGAAGUAACUCGACCCGUAAAUAAUGAAGAUGUACAGUCUGUGAUUUCAAAUACAGUGGGGAAAGAGGAGUCGUAUUGUCUUUUCAGCGGUGAAACACGGUGCUUUGUCACAACACUGAAUUCAGGGCAUUGUUUCGGCGCAAACACUACAUCGUUUUAAUCGUGGGUUGUAUUAAAAAUGUGAAACUUAAAUCUCUUGCUUUUGCUUUUAGAAUUGACCUUACAAUAAGCCUUAUGUUUUCAGACAUUUCGCUCCGACAUUCCUGUCAAUGAUUUCUCAGAAAGGGGAUUUUGAAGAUUUUCUCUGGGCUCCCACUCGCUGCUACUCUAAUGGGAAAAUCACUGUGAAAACUGAACCUUCGCUAGAUAUAAAUAAGGCACCGAACCUCCUCCUCAUUUUGACAUUCGUCCUCUUUUCCAGACAACGGACAAAUCUCAAAACCUAGGAAAAUAUAUUAUUCAUUCAGUGUUUUCCCCCAUAUGGCGAAUGUUUGUAGACAUUUCACCUUAGCGCUACACAACAGGAUGAUCAGAAGUGUUUUCUGCGCUAAUGAAGGACGUCGAUUGCUACCAAAACCACUGCGAUCGUCUGAUUGGAUGCUGUUAACGCGAAGCAGUUGUUGUUGUUGGUUAACUUGUAUCGCUGUAAGGUUAUGAAGUGGCGGUUCAUGUAUGAUGUUGUUCAGAGAUGAAGCUCUUUGGGACUCUUUUUAAGGAAUGACAGAAACUGACCACAUCUGAUCCUGUCAUUGCUUUUGAUACUGACAUUUUUACAAUGUUUUUUCAGUAAUUAUUUACACCUCUUUUAAUGCUGGUUUGUAAGAUAACCGUACUGUAUACUCUCUCUCUCUCUCUCUCUCUCUCUCUCUCUCUAUAUAUAUAUGUAUGUAAAAUAUGAAGUAAAUUGUAUUUAGCUUUGAUUUUUAUUGACACUGGAAUCACAGUAUGCAAAUCUAAUGCAGAGAAAACCCUAGUUGGUACAGACAAUUGUGUGGAGGUUUCUUUUUGUUGUUGUUUUUUUUAUAUAUAGAUCUUUAAAGCCUUAAAUGUGCCGCGAGACAGAUUAUUGUUCUUUCUGUUGGUUGUUGCUUCAAUGCAACACAGUGGUUAUUGUACUGCAUAUAAAGGAAUAAAGACUGCAUGGAAACCCAAA